CUCGUGUCUUCCAGAAUUCUCGUACUGAUGCUUAGCGUGCUCUCGUGAUGGCCCUGCCUUAGCGGUCCUGCGAAACACCGCCUCGUAGCAACGUUACUACUUCACGAACUUCCGAAAUCGAUCAUCGUGAUACUGAGACUAUUGAAAAUAUCAGGAAUGUUGAGAAACGUAUGAGGAUGGUGGCGGACCGCUAUAAGAAGUUGAAGGCAUAGCGUGAAGGCAUCGCUAGGUAUAAAAAGGAUGCUUCCAGCUGUGUGAAGAGUUCCCUUCUCUCUAUUAGCACGCAACAAGUCAACAUUGGAUUCAAUACCUACUCAACUGACAUUCAAUAUCCCCAAGCUUCAUUAAAACAUCCAAGAUGAAGUCCUUCGCCGCCAUCAUUCUCACCGCCCUGCUCGGCUCUGCCGUCGCUGCUCCCCUUGAGCCCCGUGUCGAUGCUCAGGAGUUUGAUGUCUCCGAGUUUACCGCCGGCUGCAUCCCCCACGGAACUCUCUGCACCAUUCGCUUCAAGGUAGCCACCAACCAGAUGCCCUACGCCACCGAGUGCGGCUUCUCUGGCACGCCGCUCGGCUCCAGCUCUCUUCCCGACACCGGCUUCGCCACAUGUACCGACCCGAGCAUCAUCUGGUCGUUCCGUCGCGUCCAGACUGCUGAUGCAACCGGGCCUGCUCCCUUUUACGAGCUUGCUCUGUCCAACGCGGGUCAGAACAUUGCUGCGGCCAAGUUCUGGCCUGCGUCGGCUUUUCCCAUCUUGCAGUCGGGCGCAUCGUUUUAUCAGCAGUACAAUGGCGAGCAGAGGUUCGUCAUUCAUCAAUGAGGGAUUGCUGUUGGGGGUCAUGGUAACCCGCCGGUAUAGAUGAUUGUGU